AUGGGCGAAACCCCGGAAACUCUCAAGGCUGCGGCGAACGCUCUGUUCAAAGAGCACAAGUACGCCAAGGCGGUCGAGGCGUACAGCCGCGCGCUGGAGGUAUCACCCAACAACGCCAUCCUCCUGUCCAACCGCGCGUUCGCACACGUCAGACUGGAGAACUACGGCAGCGCCAUCGAAGAUGCGUCCAAAGCCAUCGAGUCGGACCCGAACUACAUCAAGGCGUACUACCGCCGCGGGACGUCGCAGUACGCGCUCGGGCACCUCACCGAUGCCCUCAAGGACUUCAAGACGGUGUGCCGGAUGCAGCCGCAGGACCGGGACGGGCGCAUGAAGCUGAAAGAAUGCGAGGGCGCGCUGCGAAAGAAGAGGUUCGAGGAGGCCAUCGCCGCGCCCGAGGAGGAGACGGUGAAGGUCUCGGCGACGGUAGACGUCGACGCCAUGGUCAUCGACUCGACGUACGACGGCGCGCGGCUGGGCGACGAUAAGGUGAUCACGAAAGCCUUCGUCGAGGACAUGAUCGCGCGAUUCAAGGACCAGAAGACCAUCGCUUUCAAGUACGCGUUUGAGAUUCUGAUGCAGUCAAAGGCCAUCUUGGAGGCGCUGCCAACGCUGGUGGACGUGCCGGUGCCGGAGGGGACGCACUUCACCGUGUGCGGUGACGUGCACGGCCAGUUCUUCGACAUGUGCAACAUCUUCGACCUCAACGGCCCUCCGAGCGCGGAGAACCCGUACCUGUUCAACGGGGACUUUGUCGACCGCGGGUCCUACUCGACGGAGGUCAUCAUGACGCUGCUGGCGUACAAGUGCAUGGACCCUUCCUGCGUCCACCUCGUGCGCGGCAACCACGAGACGGCGGCGAUGAACAAGAUGUACGGCUUCGACGGCGAGGUCAAGGCGAAGUACUCCGUGAAGCUCGCCGAUCUCUUCCAGGAGGUGUUUCAGUACCUGCCCCUCGCCGUCGUGCUCGGCGAGAAAGUUUUCGUCGUCCACGGGGGUUUGUUCUCCAGGGACGGCGUCACCUUGGACGACCUGCGGAAGAUUGACAGGUUCCACGAGCCCCCCGACAGCGGCGAGUUCUGCGAGAUGCUGUGGAGCGACCCCGGCCCCGCGCCCGGGCGGCAGCCGAGCAAACGCGGCGUGGGCGUCGCGUUCGGCGCCGACGUCACGAAGAAGUUUUUGGAGCUCAACGGCUUGGAGCUGGUGGUCCGGUCGCACGAGGUGAAGGACGAGGGGUUCGAGGUGGACCACGACGGCAAGUUGAUCACGGUGUUCAGCGCGCCCAACUACUGCGACCAGAUGGGGAACAAAGGCGCGUUCAUUCGGUUCGAGAGCGACAUGACGCCGCACUUUACGCAGUUUGACGCGGUGCCGCACCCUCCCUCAAAACCCAUGCAGUACGCCAGCAACAGCUUCAUGUUCCAGUGAGCGCGUCGCGAGUUCGUUAGACUCUAGUCUAUGAUAAUGCGAAUAGACCGAAGGUAGAGACU